AUGUCGAGUGCUCCCGCUGCCUGGAGACAGGCAUCCCGCGCCUGCUCCCGGCGUCUGGCCUCCUCCGGCCAAAGGGUGCCCUUCUCCCGACCCAUUGCCACCGCAAUGCACCGCGCUACCAAUCGGUCCUAUGUGACCGAAACCAAGGCCGGACAGGCCCAGGUCAACGUUGAGACCGCCAUCAAGGAGGAGCAGAAGUCCUUCAUGAAAAAGACCGGCCUCGCGCCCCAGAAUGUCGACUUGCCCGGAUCGGCGGUCUCCGGGGAUACCGCGAUGAGUCCCUCGGCCGGCAUCCUGAAGCAGGCCACUGUCAUGGACCAGGGCACCCGGCCCAUCUAUCUCGAUAUGCAAGCAACUACGCCACUCGAUCCUCGCGUCCUCGACGCCAUGCUCCCCUACCUCACCGGCAUCUAUGGCAACCCGCACUCGCGCACGCACGCCUACGGUUGGGAAACGGAUAAGGCAGUGGAAAAGGCGCGUGAGCAUGUCGCCAAGCUGAUUGGAGCCGACCCCAAGGAGAUUAUCUUUACCAGCGGCGCGACGGAGAGCAACAAUAUGAGCUUGAAGGGCGUGGCGCGGUUUUUCGGUCGCUCCGGCAAGAAGAAGCACAUCAUCACUACCCAGACCGAGCACAAGUGUGUGCUCGACAGCUGUCGUCACCUGCAAGAUGAGGGCUUCGAGGUGACCUAUUUGCCCGUCCAGAGCAACGGGCUGAUUCGCAUGGAGGACCUGGAGGCGGCCUUGCGCCCGGAGACCUGCAUCGUCAGCGUCAUGGCCGUGAACAAUGAGAUUGGUGUCAUCCAGCCCCUGGAGGAGAUUGGUCGGCUGUGCCGGUCGAAGAAAGUCUUCUUCCAUACCGAUGGCGCGCAGGCUUUCGGCAAAAUUCCGUUGGAUGUGAACAAGCUCAACAUCGACUUGAUGUCGAUCUCCAGCCACAAGAUUUACGGCCCCAAGGGCAUAGGCGCGUGCUACGUCCGUCGUCGCCCUCGUGUUCGUAUUGAUCCUAUCAUCUCUGGCGGUGGCCAGGAGCGAGGCCUGCGCAGUGGAACGCUGGCGCCGCAUCUGAUUGUGGGGUUCGGCGAAGCGUGCCGACUCGCCAGUCAGGACAUGGAAUACGACACCAAGCACAUCGACCGCCUGUCGAAGCGUCUGAGCGAGGGACUGCUGGCCAUGGAGCACACCACGCUGAAUGGCGACCCCGAGCACCACUACCCCGGUUGCGUGAACAUUUCGUUUGCCUACGUGGAGGGUGAGUCCCUGCUGAUGGCGCUGAAGGACAUUGCACUGUCCUCGGGCAGCGCCUGCACCUCCGCCUCGCUCGAGCCUAGCUACGUGCUGCGUGCCCUGGGCAGCAGCGACGAGAGCGCGCACAGCAGCAUCCGGUUCGGCAUUGGGCGAUUCACGUCCGAUGCGGAGAUUGACUACGUGCUCAAGGCGGUGCAGGAACGCGUGCACUUCCUGCGGGAACUGAGCCCGCUGUGGGAGCUGGUGCAGGAGGGCAUUGAUCUGAACACGAUCGAGUGGAGCCAGCACUGA